AUGGUCCAGUUACCUGUUGGAUGGACGACCUUCCUUCUCUAUUCCUAUGAGUCAAGUGGAGAUUACCCACGCUGUAUCUUCCCUUUCGUCUAUCGAGGAAAGGCUUAUAACAGCUGCAUCUCCCAGGGCAGCUUCUUAGGCAGUUUGUGGUGCUCAGUCACUUCCAUCUUCGAUGAGAAACAGCAGUGGAAAUUCUGUGAAACGAAUGAGUAUGGGGGAAAUUCUCUCAGCAAGCCCUGCAUCUUCCCCUCCAUCUACAGAAAUAAUGUGGUCUCUGAUUGCAUGGAGGAUGAAAGCAACAAGCUCUGGUGCCCAACCACAGAGAACAUGGAUAAGGAUGGAAAGUGGAGUUUCUGUGCCGACACCAGAAUUUCCGUGUUGGUCCCUGGCUUUCCUUGCCACUUUCCAUUCAACUACAAAAACAAGAAUUAUUUUAACUGCACUAACAAAGGAUCGAAGGAGAACCUUGUGUGGUGUGCAACUUCUUACAACUACGACCAGGACCACACCUGGGUGUAUUGCUGA